ACACCCACGUUAAAACACCGACAGAGACCGACACACAUAAUAAACUGAUGAAACAAGCAGCUGCAAAGUCAUCCCUGAGGAGGCUUUGUCCGAACAUCGAUAGAGAAGAUGGGUUGGAGACCGUUCUUGAAAUUCCAAUACCCGAAGAAAUGUUCACACCCAUGGGAAGCAACGUAACGUUGCGGUGGCAAAACAUGUUAACGUGGAUGAAGGCUCAAACAGAAGACAAAUUAUCCACCCCUACAGUUUCAGCGCGCUUAAAUGAGCUUCGCUUUCUGCUUUACCUCGUUGGCUCUCCUCUCAUCCCUCUUCAGGUCCAAUUAGGUCAUUCCGUCCGUCGUCCGGUCAGAGAUUGUUCUAUUGAAGCAUCAACGGCAAAGUAUAUAGUACAACAGUAUAUAGCGGCAACGGGAGGACAACCAGCAUUGAAUGCGGUGGAUAGUAUGUGUGUUCUUGGGCAGAUAAAGAUUGUUGCGUCAGAUUUUCACCAGACUUGUGAAACCGUUGAGGUGAAGAAAACCUCGGAAGAGAUGGGAGGGUUCGUUUUGUUGCAAAAGGACCCCGAUUUGUGGUGUUUAGAGAUUCUUGUGUCAGGGUGCAAGGUUUCUUGCGGUAGCAAUGGCAAGGUCUCUUGGCGCCAUUCCUCUAACCAGCAGACACCAAUUUCAAGAGGUGCUCCUAGACCUCUACGUCGUUUCCUUCAGGGAUUGGAUCCAAGGGCAACGGCUAACUUAUUUUUGGACGCGGCAUGCAUAGGAGAGAAGAUAAUCAAUGAUGAAGAGUGCUUCAUCUUGAAAUUGGAAACAAGUCCAGCAAUUCGUGAUGCCCAAAGCGGACCAAACUUUGAGAUUAUCCACCACACAAUAUGGGGCUAUUUUAGCCAGCGAUCUGGUCUCUUAGUUCAGUUCGAAGAUUCAAGAUUACUAACGAUGAGAACCAAAGAAGACAACGACAUUUUUUGGGAAACAAGUUUAGAAUCAGUGAUUGAGGAUUACAGGUACGUAGAUGGGAUAAACGUAUCACACAGUGGGAAGACUCGAGUUACAGUUUCCAGAUACGGUGAACAAUCAGCUAACCAUAAAAGAGAAUUGGAAGAGAGAUGGAAGAUCGAAGAGGUAGAUUUUAAUGUCUGGGGUUUGAAUGCUGAAAGCUUUCUACCUCCUUCAAACUUAGGAAAGACAUAAAAUGCUUCGCCGUACAAAGCUUUGUAAUUGGUAGAUCUUAAUGUAUUGGGGUUUGGGCAUUGAACAAAGCUUUCUAUCUCUCUCAAACUCAAGAAAGAUACAGAAUACAUUUGUAAUAAUAUGUA